CUUUUCCACUUCACACCUAACGACUGACUCUGUCAACACUCUCAUCACAUCACACAUAGUUACACACACAGAGAGAGAAAGAAGAGAGAGAAGCGAUGAACAAAAGGGUUCUGAUUCGGAUCCUACUGUUCCUCAUCGUCUUCAACUCCUUCUAUCUCUGUCUCUACUUCAUCCACCACAACUCUUCAAAUCCUUUCCCAAAAAAGCCACCUUUCAAACGACCCUUCAUAGAGAUACAACAAAAAACCCAUCUCUCUAAACCAUGGCCAAUUCUACCCUCUUACUUACCAUGGUCAAAAGCUUCGAUUUUUGUUCCUCCACGCUCCUGUGAAGGCUUUUUCGGAAAUGGGUUUACGCGCCGUCUUGAGGUUUUUUCCGGGGAUGGUGGAGGUGGGUGGUUUAGGUGUUGGUACAGUGAGAGUUUGAGGAGUUCGGUUUGUGAAGGCGGGAGGGUGAGGAUGGUGGUGGAGAAGAUUGAAAUGGCGAAGGGUGGGGAGAGUUUGGUUGAUGUAAUUGGGAGAAGCGAAGAGGCGGAGUUACCGGUGUUUCGAGACGGCGCGUUUGAGGUUGAUGGGGGUGAAGGGUUUGGAGGUGAAGGGAAAUUGAUUGUUGAUGGGGAGUUUCUGGAUCGGUAUGUUCCGGAAGGGGAGAUUGUGAGACAUACUAUGAGGGAUUUGAUUAGCAAGAUUCGGGUUGUUGGAAGGAAAGAAUUUGCUUGUGAUCAGUGGAUUGAGGAACCGACACUUCUGGUGACACGCUUUGAAUAUGCAAAUCUUUUUCACACUAUUACAGACUGGUACAGUGCAUAUGUUUCUUCUAGAGUUACCGGCUUGCCUAAUCGACCUCAUUUGAUCUUUGUCGAUGGACACUGUACGGCUCAACUUGAAGAGACAUGGAAAGCGUUAUUCUCGAGCGUCAGAUACGCUAAAAACUUCAGCGGAUCAGUUUGUUUUCGCCAUGCUAUUCUCUCGCCUUUGGGAUACGAGACUGCGCUAUUUAAAGGGCUAACGGAAGAAAUAUUUUGCGAUGGAGCUUCAGCACAAGAGCUGCGACAAAAGCCUGAUGAUCUAAAAACCGCACGUCUUUCUGAGUUUGGAGAAAUGAUAAGAGCAGCAUUUGAAUUACCUUUAAACUUAAACCAUAAACUACCAGUUUCUGGAGGACAUAAUGUCCUUUUUGUUCGUCGGGAAGAUUAUUUAGCUCAUCCACGUCACGGUGGUAAAGUUGAAUCAAGACUAACGAACGAGGCAGAGGUAUUCGAAUCUUUGAAGAGUUGGGCGUCUAAUUACAAAGGAUGUAAAAUCAACCUCGUCAACGGAUUGUUCGCGCACAUGUCUAUGAAAGAGCAGGUACGAGCUAUUCAAGAUGCAUCGGUGAUCAUUGGUGCUCACGGUGCUGGUCUUACUCACAUAGUAUCUGCAUUGCCUAAAACUGUGAUUCUAGAGAUCAUUAGCAGCCAGUUCAGGCGUCCACAUUUUGCGUACAUUGCGCGGUGGAAAGGGUUGGAGUAUCAUGCAAUUAACCUUGACGGGUCGUAUGCAAAUACCGAAACUGUAAUCAAUGCGCUGGUCAGCAUAAUGAAAAGCCUUCGAUGUUGAUUGUUUUGGAUUUCGACUUGAAACCGACGAUAUCAGAGCUCGAGUAGUUGAAUGGUCAACGAUCUUUAACCUUCUUAUAGCUAAAGCCGGAUUAAUUUGGUUAGUGAACUGAUGAAAUUGUUGGUAACUUGUUGAAAAAGAAAUCAUAUCAUGUCCAUGUUCAACUGAAAAUUGCAGAAUUCAGUGUCAUUGUGAUAUAUGUAGCAUAUUGAUGAGGGAUGUUGAAGCUACAUUUUGUAUACAGAUGAGGGGUCCAAAUUUUAUGUGUUGUAAAUUGAUUUUUUAAAUGUAGAAUUUGUAAUUUUGUGUAAUGUUUAGAGUUAGAUAGAUUA